CAGUGCUUGUCUUUGGAGGGAUCGCUCAAAUGUGAAAGACUGGACCAGCGGACAGGAUAGCAGUGGCUUGAAACGGCGUUUUUUUUAGUUUUCACAGAUACUCUUGGAAUGCUUUCCUUUAACGACUUCCCUACAGAUUUUGUCUACUGUGCGUGUCAACGGGUUUACAUUAUCCAGCAUGCUUUUCCAUAAUAGCUUUUUAUUGCUUUGUUACAGAAGACGGGACUGAUGAGGAUACUUCCAACAGCAGAUGAGCAGUCCGUUUACUAAAGACAAUAAACAGACUGUACUAGAUCUUGGAUAACAAAACUAGUGCCGGGAUGUCUUCGAUACGGGAGAAUUAUAUUGCACCUUGGUGGACUUAUUGGCUACACAAUUUUCCUCAUGUCAACCUGAACUUCCAGCCCAUCGAUAAUACCUUCACUCCUCAGGAUCAGAACUACCAGCAGUCGUUAAUCUUCCUGGGCUGUGUGGCGGCUACGGGGCUGGGCCUGAACCUGCUCUGUCUGGCCAUCUACCUGAGCUGUCUGUGCUGCUGUCGGAAAGAUGAGGAGGAAGAGAGCAAGAGGCCCAACUCAUGCUGUGUCACUUGGUCCGCCGUCGCCGCUGGACUCAUCAGCUGCGCUGCGGUGGGAGUGGGUUUCUAUGGCAACAGCGAGACCAACGAUGGGGUGUACCAGCUGACGUACUCCCUGUACAAUGCCAAUCACACCCUGGGAGGGGUCGACAGUCUGGUGACUAACACCAUGGGUAGCAUGGAGAGUGGUCUGAAGCAGCACCUGGCGAGGCUGGAUGAGAUCUUCGCUACGCGGGGAGACUACGUACAGACCCUGCGCUUCAUGCAGCAGAUGGCUGACAACAUCAUCAAACAGCUGUUGGGCCUUCCUGACUGGGACACGGCUAAAGUAGACCUGGCCGCUAUCGCAGACCAAACCACAUACGUAGAGUACUACAGGUGGCUCACCUACCUGCUGCUACUGAUCCUAGAUCUGCUCAUCUGUCUUGCGGCUUGCCUGGGCCUGGCCAAGCAGUCUCGCUGGCUGCUGACCACGAUGAUGGUGUUUGGGGUGCUGACGUUGAUCCUGAGCUGGGGGUCUCUGGGAGUUGACCUUGCCACAGCUGUGGGCACCAGUGACUUCUGUGUGACCCCAGACAAGUUCAUCAUGAACCAGACCAAGGACCUGAUCAGUUCUGAUAUAGUGCAUUACUACCUGUACUGCAGCCAGACCCUCACCAACCCAUUCCAGCAGUCUCUGACCAUCUUCCAGAGGUCUCUGACCACCAUGCAGAUCCAAAUACAGGGCCUGCUGCAGUUCGCUGUGCCUCUCUUCCCCACCGCUGAGAGAGACCUAUUGGGCAUCCAGCACCUGCUCAACUCCUCAGAGGCUAGCCUCCACCAGUUGACUGCCCUGCUGGACUGUAGAGGACUCAACAAGGACUACCUGGAUGCGCUGAUCGGUGUGUGUUAUGACGGGGUGGAGGGCCUGCUAUACCUAUGCCUCUUCUCCAUCCUGGCAAUUUGUGCCUUCUGUGCCAUGCUGUGUGCCAUCCCCCGGGCAUGGACACAUAUCGCCAGCAGGGAGCGUGACUAUGACGAUAUAGACGAGGAGGACCCGUUUAACCCUCAGGCCAGACGCAUGACGGCCCACAACCCCAACCAUGCCACCAACAUGCACAGCUUCUGCAGCUACAGCAGCAGUAUGGGCAGCCAGAGCAGCCUCCACCCACCUGCCGCACAGGCUGUGUCCAAUGCACCCGUUUCAGAGUACAUGAACCAGUCGGCGCUGUUCGGGGGGAACCCGCGGUACGAGAAUGUUCCUCUGAUCGGGAGAGGCUCCCCGCCCCCCUCGGUAUACACUCAGCAAUUUAGAAACAGAUACUCCCCCAGCAUGAGGGCUACAUACCUGUCCAUGACUGAGGACCAGAUCAGACACUUUGGGAAUGAUUUCCAGGCAUAGACCUGCUCCUCCCUCCCUCCUUCCUCUCUUUCAUUUCUGCCAUCUCCAAGAGGGGUUCUCAAACAGGCGAACACGCACACACACAAAUAAAACUACUCCAGCAGUGUGUGACUUUGUGGCUGCUGCAUGGACCCUAUCCUCGUCCAACUCACUGGAAUGGACCAAGGCCUGAUAUGAGGAAAGGUGUCACACACACAGUUGUCCCAUCCCAAACCCCAGAGCAUAAUGUGUAUGUCUUAGUUACCAUGACUCCAGCCCAUAUUCUAUUAUAUGAUUCUAUUCAUUCUAUUUCUGUGCUCCACAGGGCUGGACUACCACAUUUAGGACCCCUGGGCACCUACCUCCAGGGGGACCCCCAACCCCCAAAAACACAGAUUUCUUUGGGGAAACAGCUAACUUCCUGCAUUUCAACACAUUUUGCCAUGGGGUAGAGAGAAAAAUGUGCUGUUUUAUAGCUCAUCUCAUGGUAUUCUUCACA